AUGACCAAUAAACCGAUAGAUGUUUUAAUUUUUGUUACUUUGGUGUUCACAGACAAUACGAGGAGGAGCUGGCGACGUAUGUUGCGCCGAAACUACCGGAGGACCCGGUCAGACGAGACGGACAUCCGGUCUGCGACCGGUGAAGAACUGACCAGCGUGAUGGCGUCGUCGACGGGCGGUGGUGGUGGUGGCGGUCGGAAGCAAAAGGGUCACGGCGAUUCGACGGCCGGAGCGGGCACAACGAGGCCCGGCGGCAGCAACGGUGCGCUGGCCUCGGGUUCGCGGUCCACGGCCACGGCCGAAGACGAUAGCGGGGCCGCGGACAGCGUGGACGACAGCCCGCGGUCCGGUCACCACCACCGUCACAACAAUCGCGAUCACCACCACCGGCCGAUGACUCCGGGCACGAGUUGUCGGGGCACGCCGCGGCCGUUCAGGCACAACCCGUCGGUCGGGUCCACCGACACGGAAAUGACUUCGCUGGACGCCCGCGAGCUGUGGCUACCCGACACCGAGCCCACGCCGUCCACCAUGUCGGCCCUGCACCAGUUCGGUGCAGAAAUGCUGCGGCUGUCCCGCGGCCUGGAGAAGGUCGCCUCGCCCGAGUCCAAGCCGGCAUCCCCCGACACGUCCAGGUGCUGUUAA